AUGAAGUCGGCCGUGGGCUCACGCGGCGGCGGGUCCGGGGUGUCGGGCGGCGGCUGGGGCGGCGGACGCGGCGGCGGGGGAAAGGGAGCAGGAGGAGAUGGCGGCGGCCCGGGGGGCAAGGGCGGUUUCGGGGUGCGGGGCCGCGGCUUCGGCGGCCGGGGUCGGGGGCGCGGCGGCGGGGACGGCAGGGACCGUGGUGGCAGCGGGCAGGGGCGCACCGGCGUGGCCAAGAGCAAGAGCCGCCGCAGGAAGGGCGGCAGCGCGGUGUCGGUGGAGCCGCACCGGCAUGAGGGCGUCUUCAUCUACCGCGGAGCGGAGGACGCGCUGGUCACGCUGAACAUGGUGCCUGGCCAGUCGGUGUACGGCGAGCGGCGCGUCACGGUGACCGAGGGCGGUGUUAAGCUCGAGUACCGCACGUGGAACCCCUUUCGCUCCAAGCUGGCCGCGGCCAUCCUAGGUGGGGUCGACCAGAUCCACAUCAAGCCCAAGUCCAAAGUGCUGUACCUGGGGGCCGCCUCGGGGACCACUGUCUCCCAUGUUUCCGACAUCAUCGGCCCAGAUGGCCUGGUCUACGCGGUCGAGUUCUCGCACCGCGCCGGCCGCGAUCUGGUCAACGUGGCCAAGAAGCGAACCAACAUCAUCCCGGUCCUUGAGGAUGCCCGGCAUCCGCUCAAGUACCGCAUGCUUAUCGGGAUGGUGGACGUGAUCUUCGCCGACGUGGCCCAGCCAGAUCAGUCUCGCAUCCUGGCUCUGAAUGCCCACACCUUCUUGCGCAAUGGGGGCCACUUCCUCAUUUCCAUCAAGGCCAACUGCAUCGACUCCACGGCAUCUGCCGAAGCGGUGUUUGCUUCUGAGGUGAGGAAGUUGCAGCAGGAGAAUUUGAAGCCUCAAGAACAGCUGACCCUGGAGCCCUAUGAGAGGGAUCACGCUGUGGUUGUUGGGGUCUACCGGCCUCUGCCCAAGAGCAGCAACAAGUAGCACCCAGCUCAGGCUGUCCCUGAGGUCUCCCCAAGACUGUGUUGUGUUCAAUGUUACUCUGUGUGUUCUUUGUGUGCGUUUUGGGGUUUUGUUUGUUUGUUUUCUAUUAAAUGACAUAAAGAAGCUGUACCCAGGUGUCAGUGAGGCCAGGUUGAGUUUUGCUGCAGUAACAUCAAUCCCCAAGCCCCAGUGACCUAAAACAACUCAUGAUAGCGGCCCAUCAAGGACCAGCCUGGGAGCUCUGCUUAUUCUAAUCACUAAGGGACCUGUCUCCCUAGCACCCAUCUUCUAACAUGCUUUCUCC